AUGUUCCGAGCGGCCGCGGUCGGUCCUUUUGACGAUGCCGUCGCCAAGGCGACAGACGAGAACCUCACCUCCGAGGACUGGGGCGCCAUCAUGGAGGUCUGCGAUAAGGCUACCGGCGACCCAACCGGCCCCAAGGAAGCUGUCCAGAGCAUGAUCAAGCGUCUCGCGCAUCGUAAUGCGAACGUCCAACUAUACACACUCGAGCUUGCGCACGCUCUCUGCCAGAACUGUGGAAAGCCCAUGCACCGCGAAGUCUCCAGUCGCGCCUUUACCGACGCCCUCCUCAAGCUCGCCAACGACCGAAACACACAUCAACAAGUCAAGGGUAAGAUUUUGGAAAAAAUGAAGGACUGGAGCGACAUGUUUAGCAAGGAUGCCGAGCUUGGCAUCAUGUACGACGCCUACUACCGACUCAAGCAAACCAACCCCACGUUGCAAGCCCCCAGCGCACCGCAGAAGCAGGGCCUCACUGCCUCAGACAGGCAAAAGGAGGACGAUGAGCUGCAGAUGGCACUAAAGCUGAGCUUGCAGGAAGAAGACCGCAAGAAGGCUGCCGCAUCCUCCACCUCCGCACAACCCGGAUCCUCGACCGCCGACGACGCCGCACCAGCUCCGCCCGUCACCGCUGGUACCACGGCAGCCACCGUCAGCAGAGUGCGUGCCUUGUUCGACUUUGCGCCUUCUGAGCCUGGAGAGCUCGAGUUCAAAAAGGGCGAUGUGAUUGCCGUCCUCGAGAGCGUAUACAAGGAUUGGUGGCGGGGCUCCCUCAAGGGCAACACUGGCAUCUUUCCGCUCAACUACGUCGAGAAGCUCACGGACCCAACUCCCGAUGAGCUGCAGAGGGAGGCGCAAAUGGAAGCCGAGGUCUUUGCCGAAAUCAAGAACGUGGAGAAGCUCCUGACUCUGCUCAGUGCCUCUAACACAGGUCCUCGAGAGGAGGACAAUGAGGAGAUUUCAAAACUGUACCAUCAAACACUAGCGAUUCGUCCAAAGCUUAUCAAGUUGAUCGAAAAGUAUUCACAGAAAAAAGACGACUUUACACAGCUCAAUGAGAAGUUCAUCAAGGCACGCCGCGACUACGAAUCGCUUCUCGAGUCCUCCAUGGCGCACCCCCCGCAACACAACUACCAGCAAUAUGCCAUGCGUCCCGGUCAAGGCUACCCUCAGGUCGGAGGCUAUCCCAACCAGCCACCCCCGUCACAGGAGCCCAAUCAAUACUAUAGCUCCGCGCCCCAGGCUGGCCCAGACCACGGCUACCAGACCUCCUCUCCUCCUCCCAACUUCCCACCUGGCGGCGGCCAACCGGGCAACGCUCCAUUUUACGUAGGCGGAGCCGAGGUGCCGUCCCAGGUCGGGAACCAACCUCCCGCGGGCCACCAGCAGCAGUACCCCCCUCGCGACCCGACACCGCGCAUCCCCUCCUCCACGCAACCGCCCGUACCCAACAGUAGCACAUCACCGCCGCCUCAGGCUCAGGGAUACACACCCUACUCGCCACAGCCGCAGCAAAUGUACCACCCACCCGCUCAGCAGCAGCAGCAGCAGCCUCCUGCCCUGCAGCCCCUGCAACGGCCCCAGAGCACCUACGGCGCGCAAGAGCUCGCCACGUCUGUUUAUGACUCCCCCAUCGCGCCGCACAAUCCCAACAGCUUCUACUCUCCCCCAGACGACGCUGCCACCUCACCGCCCGCGCAGCAGCAGCAGCAGCAGCAGGCGUCUUCGCAACCGCACUACCAGGGCUACGCACCGCCUGAACAGGCCCCUCCCCCCGUUCCCACCGGCCAGCCGCCGCAAGUUCCCGGCGUCGGCAGCGGCGGCGCGCCUCAGUACAAGCCAUACGUCCCGCCUGGGGCGUCUGCCCCGGACGGCCCUAGCGCGCCGAACCCCAACGACUACUACCGCCAGCCCGGCGGCUACUAA